GAAGAGAUACAACCCCCUUGACCGCACUUUGACCUUUGUGAACCGAGAGGAUGAGCACGACUACAGAAACACAAAGCCAGUGCCGUAGACAUCGUCACAAGUCGUACAUGUGCUGCAGUGUACGAGGGAGCGUGUGCAGUCUCACCCUAACCCUGUGUGUUGCAGUCGUGUGUGUGGGCUACUCCUCCCCACGAGCCCUGAUGUCCUGUGGUCACUCGGUCACUCCUCAGUCCCUCACAGACUGGUGCAUCAGGCAGCUGGAAGAGGGAAAGUUCCGUUUCACUUGUGGGAACUGUCCCGCGGAGUGGCCUUAUGAAGAAGUACGUAAGAUGGCUCUGCUCACGGAGAACGAGAGCAGCGCUUUUGAACAUCAGAUGUUUACAAAUGUGGCGGUCAAAGAGCUCAACGCCAAACUGUGUCCUGGCUGCAGGUCCCACGUGGUCAGGACAGAUCUGACCAACCUGUGUGUGGAGUGUCCUCAGUGUUCCUGUGAUAAGAAGCAGAACAUCAGCUUCUGCUGGCAGUGUCUGAGGGAGUGGAGAGGAGCAGCUCCUCGCUCUGACCACUGUGAGAACACGGGCUGUGUAAACCAGGCUCUGGUCACUCUGAGGACCUGCCCAAACAUCAGCUUCUCCGAGGUGCAGGGGGUGGUGGGCUGCCCGUCGGUGCGUGCCUGUCCCACCUGCGGGCUUCUGGUAGAACACAGCGGAGAGAAGUGCAAGAACAUCGUGUGUCCAGAGUGCGAAGUGGAGUUCUGCUUUGUCUGUCUGAAGAUCACCGCCGAGUGUCUGGAGACUAGCGACUAUUUCAUCUCCUGCUCCAGCGGCGUGGCCCCAAGACAGACCCGUCUUCCUGUGCGGCGAUGACCCCGCCCCCAGACCCAC